GAAAACUUUUGUCUUCCUCAGAGUUUAAUGAAGUUGGCCUGGGUCACCGAGCAAAGGAUUAAAAGGGAAUCUAGUGUCACUGAGCUCAACUGCUGAAGAAGAAACCGGAGGUGUGAGAGGAGGAUGGUCCUGGUUCAGAGCUGCACCAGAAGGAAUAUGGCUGUAACUUUACCAGGUUUUGGAAGCUCUGGAAAGAGCUUUCUCAUUGACAAUCUAUUGAAAACAGGAAGUCCCCGUGUCCAUCCAGAGGGAGCAGCAUGUGGGCACCUGAGACAACCUGAAUGUCAGCGCCUAAGGAGGACCUGGGUACAGGAGCAUGGAGCCCUGCAAACCUUGACCCAAAGUCCUCCACAGGGGAAAACCAUGGGGGGACCACUUCUGCCUUGCUCAGGUGUUCUGAGCAAUGUUUUCCUGCAAAGCCCCCAGUAUCUACUGGCAUGCUGCGGUGGGUCCAGCCCCCCUCCCGUCUUCCCCAAAGGAGGAAAUGUUCAAACGUGGACGUCAAAUGCAAGUCCUAAAUCCCGUAGAGGAAUCCUUAGGAGAGUUGUUUUCUCAGAAGAACAAAGGAAGGAGCUGGAAAGAACCUUCAGGAGACAGAAGUACAUCAGCAAAAUGGACAGGAACAAACUGGCAGCCGAUCUUAGCCUGAAGGAAUCACAGGUAAAGAUCUGGUUCCAGAACCGCCGCAUGAAAUGGAGAAACCACAAGGAAAAGGAGUUUCAUAACAUCCGCUCCCCAAUGGAUGAGCUCAUGGCCACAGGUCGUCCUCAAGGGCAGGAGAAAACAUCACAUGAUCACACUAACCCAAAAACAGAGAACUCUGUGAGAACAAAAGAACAAAGGGGACACAUGCAUGAGCCAAUGAGAGACAAGUAACUUUCUCACCUCCAUUACAAAGACUUACAUUUUGAUGGAAUACCUUGUACAGUCCAAAAAUUCAGGCCUCUUAUGUUUUAUUCCACUGUCAUUAGAGUGUAAAUAGAUACAAAUGCUUGUUUCAUUGCUUUAGCCGAUUAAGACUCCCAAUUUUCAAUCAAAACUACUGUUAUCGAAAGGUCAAAUUAACAAUGUUUACAUUUUACAAAAUUGUUGAACUGUAAACUCUCCUAAGCUUUACACAAAAUCCUUAUUCAAUAAAAAUUCAUAUAAUUUGUUUGUAAGUCAUAUUACUUUUACUGCAUGUUGGUAAUAGUUUAUUUGCUAUCU